CUACAGAAUUCAGCAAAAGCCUUGCAUGUAACCAGAGUUGACAAUUUCUGUGUUGUUCUUGAUUGUCUUUUUUUUUCCUGUUUCGUUUUCCUUCAUUUAAUUUCCUGCUGUCUUCAGUACCUGUCAUCCGUGGGCACAGGCAUCCGCGGGCACAGGCAUCCGUGGGCACAGGCAUAACAGUGAAACCACAGCAAGGACCUGGCAGCUGACUGACAGGCAAGCAUCCCCAUUGCGCUGUCUACGUGUCUCUCGUAACGUUAACAUCUCGGGUACAGUGUUAUUUUUUGUAACCUCUGUGUCUGAUCCAUCACACUGAUUGAGAACGCUGGAUGGCAAAAAGUGUCUGAACUUGUCUCCGUGUUGCAUCGCAUACAGACAGACGUGCCUUUAGUGCGCAGAGGGGUCACUGCCAUAAAAGGUGUUGGGUGGAGGUGAGCAGAAUUACUGUUUCAACAGACUGAUGAGGAGUAAUAAUGAUGCAAAAAAAAAAAAAACAAUCGUGGUGAAUCGUCAUGUCUUCUGAUUGGAGGAGUUUUCUCAUUAGGGGCGGGAUCAGCAGUCACAGGUCAGUCAUGUGGUUGAAGAGGGAGGCGGCUCUCAGGUGGGAAUAAGAAUCACACCUGAGGACAGGUGAGAAUGCAUCUCUUGGCAAAGGGACUUCUUGCUUUUACUCAACACAUCUCUUCAACUCACUUCUUUCCCCUCUGUUGGAUGCCUAAUUGUUAUUUGAAUGCUCAGUUAACAUUGAACAGAUCAUUUUUGCUGUGACUCAUCAGUUGCAUCUGAAGAACAGCUAGAGGUUGUCCUUUGACACUGAGGAAGGACGAAGGACAAUUCUAUUGCAGGACACAGAACUUCUCGUAUCAGUCUCGCAUCAGAUGAGCUUGAAAUUAAACAAAGCCACCUAGACCAUUAUUUUCCGUGCCCUUGAUACAUCUUUUGUGGACGGCACCACUGAGGACCCCAAGUCCGUCACGCUGACAUGUUUGGGCCGGGGCAACUGAUGACGGCUCUCAGCCCCCCACUCCUGCACUCGUCAGCGGCUCAUCUGUUCCCCGCCUUCCCUCCCCGCCUGGGCUCCCCUCAGAUCCUGCUGCCGGGGCACCUCUUCAGCUAUGAGUUCCUGCGAAGCUACCUGCAUCCUGAGCCCUGCAAGCAGGCGCUGUUCCUGGCCUCGCAAGCAGCUGGGCUGAGCCACCUGUCUGAGACCGUGGAUGAACAGCGGCCAGUGAAGCAGCGGCGGGCGCGGGCCAACUACAGCAGCUGGCAGCUGGAGGAGCUAGAGAAGGCCUUCGAGAGCACUCACUACCCCGACGUCUUCAUGAGGGAGGCCCUGGCGCUGCGGCUGGACCUGAUCGAGGCAAGGGUGCAGGUGUGGUUUCAGAAUCGCAGAGCCAAGAUGAGGCGGCAGAUGAAGCUGCAAGGACAUGCAGGGGAUCCGUGCAGCAGAAGGGACAGCGAGGCAGACAGACAGAAGGUAGACAGAUCCAGUCUGAGCGGGCCGGAGCCAGAGGGCCCAGACGCAAACCACUGGGAGAGGAAACCAGAGAGGGGAGGAAACUGCUCUUGGCCCAAACCUCCCCUGGCGGCCAUGUUGGCUCCAGCUCCAAGCGCUGGAACCCAGAGGUCCGAGAGUCAGGAACGGGAUGAGCAGGGGCCCAGUCCAGAUGAGUUCCGGUCGUGCAGCAUUGCCAAGCUGAGGGCCAAGGCCAGGGAUUACGAGGCUGAGAUCCACAGCACUGUAGCCAAAGCUGGGUGGCAGAGGCAGCUACAAGCCCAUGCGGCGGCCGCAGAUGUGGCGAGUGACUGAGGUAGCGCCACAUACUGUGUGCCACAUACAUACACGUUUUGCUCAAUGUUUUGAGACGACGCAGAAUGUUGCCAUGCAGUUUACUACUUUAUUUAUUGUUGCCUCAGAGCGACUUGGGCCAGUGAGACCACUUUUUCUUUUUGGUGUGCAAAUAACUUCAUAGAUAUUAUCAAACAAAUUUAAUUAACUUUCUCAUUUGUGCAUUAAGCCACACUAUUAUCUUCUGCUUCUUCGUAAAUUUGGUUGAUGAAACUGAAUAUGAAAUUGGGUCUUUUUAUUAUGCCAUACCAAUUAAUUGGUUUUGCUUAUCAUUGACUGCUUACUUAAAGAAAGAUCCAAAUCCAGAAAGUUGAAUUUGGAAGUAAUUAUAUAACGGUUUGCUACAUGAGUAUCUGUACGUUUUAUCGAUCCUUUUUUUUUCCAUUUUUGGACUCCAACCCCAAACACACAAACAAAUGAACUCAUUCAGUCAUAGCAUCAUAUUUUUUUUAUUUUACUUUUGUAUUAAAUGUAUUUCAUAAUACUGAUCUGUUGAUUGUCUCCAAAUAACAAAUUUAAUUUUUCAAAAAUAGUCUUAUCAUAUUGCAUCAUAUUGGGCCUUCAAAGUCAGGUUUAUUUUUGUAAAUUUUCAAUUAAAUGGCAUGUGCACUAAAAUAUCUUUUGUAUAACGGGAAUCCAUCAAAACUCUUGCUCUUCCAUGAGCCGUGAUGUGAUGUCAGGUCAGUGUUGAUACUGGGAGAGGAAAUGCUCGGAUGAGUUCUCAGUGAUCUCAUCGAUGGCUGUAUCUUGCCCUGGCUAUCCUGUUACCUCCGCAGGAGACAGAGGCAGGAUGCCUGCAAGCUGCCACAGGCCCUGCAGAGCAAACAAUGGCCGUGGCUGAAAAAUGACUGCCCUCACUGACAGAGCCACUCGUCAGAAGAUUACAUUUGCAAACACACUUGGACUCUUUGGUCUCCGCCGGGUUUGAAGACAGUCCAGUGUGAAGUGAUUUAGUAUUUGUAUAUCUUAUUUCAUUUUCCUCUUACAUUUUUCUGUUGAUUUUUGUAACAACUGCUGUUAUAAAUGGCGACACACCUACAAAUAUUACAUGCAGUGCCUAUUUGCAGUGCAAAGAUUGAUGCCGCCUUUGGAAGGAAGAGGUGGAAAUAUUUGUCCAGAGAACUCGCUUUGCGAGAAUUUAUCUCAGUGGUGAACACAGUAUUAUCCCUCAGAACACAGAGAGAGUAGCUCUUCAAUGCCAAAUUCAUCUCAGGUCUUUCAAUAACCGUAUUUCAUCUUCCAGUGUUGAUGUACUCUGUGUCUUUUCACUUAUGUGUCUUAUCCUACUCCUGAGGCAGUGAGCAGUGAGGCGGUGUAUGUUUGGUAUAU